UUACCUUUUAGAUAUAAAACCUAUUUGAAGCGAUAUGACGAGAUAGGUGGAGAAUUUUGUCUUUACAUCUCAAAGCUUCAGGAUGAUGACGUAGGCAAUUACACCUGUGUCGUCACCAAUGCGCAUGGUUCAGAUACAGGAAACAUAGAAGUAAAAGCUGGAAGAAACAAAACUAUGGCUGAGAUAACCACGGACAAGAAGAUCUCCUUUAUCUACCCCUCCCAAUCUCAAAUCAACGUGGAGGGUAUCCAACCCCUCAAACUAUGCUGCAAGGCCGAGGGAUUUGAUAAACUACCCAUGAUGAUGUGGCUGAUCCGUAGUAUCACGGGCAAUGAAGUUCACCUGAGAGCAGAGGACGAGUACAUGGUUGGAGAUGUCCGUCUAAGAUCCUACUAUAUAUUUAACGCGACAGGGAUCUUCUUUAACCUUAUGGCAGACAGCCUCACCAUCAAUUUUACAGGAACAUACAUGUGUGGCAUCGACCUGAAUGAUAAAAUUUACCAUGAUCAUAUUAAUAUCACUGUACAAGGUCGUCCUUCUGUGACCGCGGAGACCACAAUGAUGAAUGGCACUGUGGAAGAAAACAAAAACUUGACCUGUCACGUGUGGAGCAGCCCGAUCCCAACAUUACUCACGUGGUACUUUGAUGACGCGAUACUGCCGUCAUCUUCAAGACUACACAAGUUUGUGGUUUAUCACAAUGAAUAUCAACUGGACAUGGUAUUAAACAUUAAAUCUGUAGAAGUGUCUGACUUUGGGGUAUACACCUGCAAAGUGUAUAAUUCUUAUGGUCAAGGAAUCGCUGUACAAAUGAUUCAAGUGUACUAA